AUGGCGAAGUCUCGCAGCAAAAAGAUGCUACAGGUGAAGAAAUUAAGGCACACGAAGAAGAAAAACUUUGGACAUUCGGUUACUACGAAGGAAGAUUUGAAGGCUAAAAAGAAAAACUUGGGAAGCCCGACUAUGGCGAAGAGGAUUGUACGAAUUAAGGCUAGGAAGAUCUACGACAGCCGUGGUUUUCCCACCAUCGAGGUGAAAGUCAGCUUGGUAGGGUCGGUUUUUGGGCUUGUUUUUGACCGGCCCGCAAUAGAGUCGAACAAUGAAACGUCGCAGAAUAUCUGUGGAGCUACUCUGCUUGAUGUCUACGAGUCUCUUAGAAUUGAGGUUGAGAAGGCGAUCAAACAGAAAACAUGCAAUGCUCUUCUUCUCGAGGUUCCAGCAUCAUUCCGUUCUCUUACCUUUCAAGUGAACCAAAUGAAAAGCGCGACGAAGAGUAUUGAAGCUGUGAACAUGUCCAGAAGAGCUGGUUGGAGUGUUGGUUUGGCUAGCCAUGGCUGUGGUGAGAAAUAUGACACCUUUGCUGCUGAUCUUGCUGUGGGUCUGGCAGUGGGUCAAUACAAGAUUGGAGCUCCCUCUAAUAACAUGCGGUUAGAUGUCUUCAAACGGCUUACUGAGAUUUCGAUGGACGUUAGGAAAGAUGGCAGGUAUCAUGGCCCUCAUAAGCCUGAUUCGGACACUGUCUAG